AUGUCACAUAAACCUGUUAGACAAGACUACAUUGCAAAGAUCCGGUAUACCAAUAAUCUUCCACCUCCACCAUUAAACCCAAAAUACAUUGAGUACAACACAACAAACCCAAUAUCACCCAAAGUAGAAGCGGAACAGCUUCUCUCGUCAUUAUUUCGUAAAGAAAAUUUUCAAAAUUUACUCGGACGCAUCGAUGACUUUUCAGGAUUGGAACUAAAUUUACUCAAUAACGCUGGCUUUUUCGCAGGAGAUUCCACAGUAGUUGGCCAACUUUCCAAAAAUGGCCAACCAGUACAUCUACACCCCAAGGAUAGGGCCUUGCUUAGAGAUGCAGGAAUUGGCAAGAUAAAUAAAUCGGAGCCUGGGGUUUCUUUCUUGAGAAGAACAGAGUACAUUUCGGAGCGAUCCUUGCCCAAAGCUGCCCAUUCGGUAACAGCACACACCGAAGAGGUUAAAGUCAAUGAGAAAUUAAAAAAUAACGAAUCGCAUAGCUUAGACGCAGAUGCCCAGUUGAAUGCCGUUGAGGAGACGUUUACAGCAGCAAACUCUACGUUGCUGGAUGUAUCCAGCUUGAAACAUCCGCGCAAGAGACAUUUGAAAGCUGUUGACGCAUGGCCAUUGCUACCAGAUACGCAAAUGAUGGACAAUGUACUAAUGAACUUGAGGUUUCUUGGUAGUGCAUCAAUUGAUCGUGAAUUGAAAGAUCUCAAAAGGAAGCGAGGAACAGCAUUUAAUGAGAAAUUUGAAAGACAAAAGCAAGAGUCUAGUAUUUUCAAACCUAUUAAUUCCGAAGAUGGCGAAUGGAUGUCUAUGUUUGAAGUCAACGACAUAAGUCAAGCUGAACAAGUUCAUCAAAAACUCAACUCUACAGCACCAGAGCAACCUAUCAAUUUACUAGACUUGGACGAUGAAUCCGCUUCAAAUUACAAUUUCAAGUUUGUGCAUAACUACGACAUGCAAUACCAAGAAUAUCCAGAGGUAAACCAGGAACUUGCCAUCAAGUUUAUACCAGAUGAUGAACACAAAGACACAAAAGCACCUACAAAAAAACGCAAAGUUGCCUAUUAUUUACCAGUUACUGGUAAAAUUGAAUUGCGAAAACACAGGCUUUCAACAAACUCUGAGAUCAAUAAAUUUGUCAAGGAAAGGACCUAUGAUGAAGUUGCUUUUAAAUUGAGAGAGCCAUCAACAAAUGAAUUGAAGGAAAUGGAUAGAGCUAGAUCAGAGUUUGAUCCUAUGGAGUACGAAGGUGACGAUGACGACGAAGAAGAAGAAGAUGAUGAUGAUGAAGAAGAGCUUGAGGAUGGAGAAGAUUAUGAAGAGAGAGAGGAACAGGAAGAACUGGAGAGUAGGCAAGGACGUUCCAAUGGAAAUGCUGAGUCAGGAGCUGAUCAAGAGAGUGUGGAUGGGAAAGUUAAGCACGAUAGAGAAGAUGCUGAAAAUGAAGAGGGAGAAAGUCAUAAUGAGGAUUUCUAA